AUGGAUUCCAGAGAACAACCUCCAGAUAUUUUAGUUGCGGACCGCGGCCAUAGCGAAAACGAGCUUUCGCGGGAAACGUCCCCAGGAGGCGAACCUACUAGAAUCAAUGGGGGUUUACUUGAUGAUCACUUCAAAAAGGCACGGAAUAGACCAAGGACGUAUCCAUAUUUCAAAUACCUGCCCUAUACCGUCGAGGAUGAGAGUGAGCGACAACGCAGCCUGGAGGAAAUCCUCGAACACCUCUAUAUCGCCGUCGAAUCUGGAGAUUUCAAUCCAGGAGCUGUACACUGGACACGUGAAUUGAAAGGAUGGCUGUCGUUGAAGUUUGACCCGACGAGGGAGCAGAGGAUUAAAUUGGUGAAAUUUUAUUAUGAACUUGCUCUAGCUCCGGGAGUCGACCCGAAUGUCGCAGAGAGAUUCGCCAGCAUGUUUAUGCUUUUAACGAAAGAAAUUAAGAUAUUCGUUCUUCCUUCACAAUCCGGUUUGGUUCACUCCACGAAUUUGAAGAGGAAUAUCAAGACCUUAACGAAACUUUGUGCUUUUGCUCAACCUUAUUUCGACCCUUUGGAGUUGCCGGUGAUGCUGGAGGAAUUUCUACCCCAUUUCAGCACUUCAUUUAUUGAAGGUGCAUUCGUCGUUAUCGGGUUGAUGAACUUGUUCUUGCCCACGACUCCACCACUGGAAGACCGUGAAGACCUUCUCCCACAGCACUAUCUUCCAACUUAUUUCCACCUUUGGCCCCUGGUGAACCGAUCUAGAACUUUUGAUGUUACCUUCACAGAUCUCUUAUCGAGGAUGGCACGAGACGCACUCCCGGCCAGCUAUAUUCCAUUCUCCGAGUUUGGAAUCUUCACCUCCGAGCAAACCACACUCAUAUUUACUGCAAUUCUGAGGUUAAUGGAAAUUCCCGUUGGACAAGCGACCUCACCUUACAGCAGUGGUGUCGACUCUUUAUCAGGCCUAGGAUUAAUGCUUGAAAGGGAUUUCCGAAAACACCCAUUUACUCAUAAUAUUGCGCGAUGGAUAGUGAUGUCACUUUCGCCUGCAUGCCUUGAAACCGAACACUCUAUAUUAUCCAAGCUUGAAGGUUUGAUAGAAGCAGUGGAAACUUUCUUCCACCCUUCUAAUACUGGCGUAUGGUCAAAGGCGUUGUCACAACUGGUUUACUACCUCGCAGACUUCUUUGUGAUGCGGUGGAACAUGGAGCAUGACAAGGAAAACGAGGUCCCACCCGAGCGGAGAGUAUUCACUCUUCUCGAAAACCUCCCCGACGCUGCUCGGGUUCGCAGCGGCUCUCCCGAGGAGAACGUCGUUAAUACAUUACCUGCGACGCUUAUGCCUCUACUCGCAUCCCUUUCACCAGAACUAUAUGACCAAGCUUUAAUCAAAAUCGUAAAUUUUGUUUCUGGUCAUGUUAUCCAUCCAGCCCGAGAUGCAAUGGCAUUUAUUUGCAAUUCCGUUUGUAAAGUCAACCCUGAAAAGGCUCUGAAGAGUCUUGUUCCACUCCUAAUACAAUCUAUACGUACCGAGAUAGAUGAAAAUGGCGCGGCCUCCACAAGGACCACAGGCUCAGAUAUCUUGCCUCGCGACCGCGGACUCGUCUGGAAUGUUAAUCUUUUCGACAUUGCCAUCUACAUGCAACAAAAAUGCAAGGGCAUCCCAACUGUCCAUGUUUCGAAUUUUAUCCACCAUUUGCUUCUGAACCUUACGGCGACGUAUGUUAUUGACCACUCUCUGUAUGAGCCGGAUGUCAAGGAAAAGGGUGUUCAAGUAGAACAAUGGGGUCAGAGGCAUGACCCAAACCAUCUAACCAUCAAAUGGCAUGUCCCACAACGAGAAGAACUUGAAUUUGCAGUCGAGCUCUUCAAGUCACAGGCAGAGAACGCUCUGGAUCAACUUACAUCCCUUACAAGCGAGACACCAAGUAUAAACCGAGACGGAAGCGGCAAGGAAUGGUCCGAUGAAGUGACGCGAAAGCUUGUUUUACUCAGACUCAUCAUUUCUGGAAUUUCUAUGUUGUUUGAUAACAAGGCAGCUUCAUACUACAACACUGGGGAUAGACAUCCCCGUGCAGAUCUUGACGUCAAAAUGUCCGAUGCGAACGACUCAUGUUCUGACGAAGGAAGUUCUGAAGAUGAUUCUGCACUAGACGGCUCUGACGAUUCUGCUGUGCGACAAACAUUCCAAUAUCCUACUGGAUACCUAUUGAAAGAAGACGACCCACUCUAUAUCUCCAUCCAUGAGAUUAGACGCCGGGUUGGUGAAGUUUUACAUAACGUUCACAGGUUUUUGGUGGAAAAGCAGGAAGAUGACGUUUCAUGCUUCCCUCCUUUGUAUACUGCCUAUCGUUCAUGGUUUGUCGACGUUGGAAUAGAGAAAUCCGCCCAUAUUCUCGACCGAGUUACCAAACUCCUCGCGGCUGACACCCAGCCAUAUAAAGUAAGCGGCGUUCGUAAAGAUUAUCCUCGGCCUUUGCUUGUUCGUCGUGCGAAUGUUUAUCACGUGCAAAGACUCCGACACAAUGCCUCCCCUCGAUCUCGAUCUAAGCUUGAUGAAACCCUUCUACUUGAUCUCGCUGAGUCGAGUGUCUCGCUGUACACUGAUAUAAGGCGAAGUGCCCAAGGAGCCAGCGAAUCUGCUCUCAAGGCGAUUUGGGGAUCAAGACUACUUAUUAUUCCGACCUUGAUCAAAGCACUACAAAUAGCAAUCAAGACAAACGAUUACCGCCGUUUAAAAGGCGCCAUAUACUCUAUCCUUUUCAGCAGUAUCGCAAAACCCGUGGGCCGGCAUUGGAAAUACGCGCCGUCUCUCAUUAAGGCAUUUAUAGAAGCCAACGCCGUUGAUAAGCCCUCGAUUCAAAAACUGUGUUCCGGGGCUGUCUAUCAGAUUAUGGAUUAUGGCCGCCCAAUGGAGAGAAUGGCGGUACUUGACCAGGACAUUAUAAAGUCUAUCGCCCCAAAAAGUGAUGUGCAAGCUAUAAUUGAUAAUAAACGGGAAGCUCUUCAAAAGAAGCGAGCUUUGAUAGAACAGAAGAAGGCCGAGCUUUCAGAAGAGCUGACCGAUUUGGCACGGGUAUCCCACUGGAAAAUGGCCAGCAGGACUGCAGCGAUCGUCAUUGGCUUGGGUCUGAGAUUUGAUUAUGUCGCAAGCGAGAAUUUGGUAAACCUCAUCAUACAAGGAUCCAUCGAUUCUCACCCGAGCCUGAGAGGGAUAUACUCACAAACCCUUGUUGCUCUGUUUACCAUGGUAGAUGUGAGGGCAGUCUGCAGUCAUAAAUAUGAAAACUACAUCAUGGGUGUUCAACGUUUUCCUUCCAAAAUCCAAGUCGCCACACAACCAUACAAAAAGGGUUGGACUGAGGAGUACCUUGCAAGUUUCGCCAGGCCGGAGGCGGAAUACUAUGUCGACCACGAUUAUCCUGGUUGGCUUGUAUGGGGAAAGACCAUGCCAGCAUAUAAAUCUAACAUCAAGCAGGAUAUCGAGUACGACGAGCUUGAAUGGAAUGUUCGCAAACAAAUGGGAAAGCUAUGUACUCGGGAAUGGUUUGCAGCGUUCUUCAAAUACUUGAAGCAGGAGCCAAGGGAUAUCUACGCGGAUAAAUUUCGCAUGUCAAGCGCUAUGACGCUACUUUAUGUUUUCGAGCUCAUGCUUAGAGAUGAGUUGACAGCUGCCACGUUUGAAGACAUCAAAGAAGAGAUUGCUGUUGUUUUUGAAGAUGGGAGUGAUAAACAUCAACACCGUGCAACCGCGGAAAUACUGGGCGCGCUUAUCGGCUCGGUAACAGAUACGAGCGUUGACAAACGAACCCUAGUAUGGGAAUACGCAUUUCCCAUUGUUCGCCGGAUAUUUUCAGAUGGCCUUACCCCAGAAAACUCUGGAUAUUGGACAACGUUCGUGCAUAUGAUAAUGCAAUGCAGGGACCCACGUCGCCUCUGGCCUCUCCUUGAUUGGUUAACCAGCUUCCGACUAGAUAUGAAUUCGAAUGCGGCGUUUAAAGAAAGCUCGAAAAUCAACUUAUUGCACCAAUGCAUCCUGGACGUCGGUUGGCACUUUCAGUUAGAAAAGCCGAUUGUUGCAGACUUUCUUGCUCACCUUGAUCAUCCUUACAAAGGAGUCCGUGAAGCCAUAGGCCACACUCUAGGGUCGAUUUACCGGACUAGGUAUCACGAGUCAUAUGAAAAUAUACAACAAUUGAUUCAGGCACAAAAAGAAGCCUCUUCUAUUGGCACGCGUCCCUACAAGCCAAGCAAGGAAUUUGCAGAUACUAUAGUCGAUGUGUUCAGCCGGCUGGAAAGGUGGCGCGGGGAAAGGGUUCCUGGUCAACAAACACCGUCCUCAUACACUUCAGGGAGCAAAACCGUUCUUCUCUGGCUAGACUCCACACUGUCGUCACAUGAAUGCACUCAGCUUCUGCAAUUCUUUCCAGGUACUUUUACAGAGGAGCUUUUGCAUAUGAUGGAUGUCAAAGAGGACCAGGAACUACAAAGACUCGCCUACCACGUCUUCCGUCACCUUUCAAAUAUUCCCCAUCCUUCUGGGGAUGACUCCGAGUUUGUGGAAUCUUUGAUUCGUAUUGGGCUUACGUCUUCUUCGUGGCAUCAACGACUUCGCGUCAUGAUCAACAUCCAAAUUAUGUAUUUCCGCCGUCUUUUCUUGCUGUCCAAAAUUGAUCGUGAGAAGCUAUUCGAUUGCAUCGCCUGUAUGCUCGAGGAUACCCAACCUGAAGUCCGGGCUGGAGCUUCUGCAACGCUCUCUGGCAUGAUCCGCUGCUCUCCUGCGUCAUUACGUAACGAUAUGGUUCUCAAAUUACGCGACAGGUUCACAAAAGCGCUUACUGACAAUCCACUCCCGAAGAAAUCUCGUCAUCAUGGUUCCGGUGUAUCCUCAGGUGUUUCCACAGGCGCCAGCACUCCAAACCCUGAGAAUACCCGACUUGUUCUCACAAGACACGCUGCAGUCCUUGGAUUAGGUGCCCUCAUACAGGCUUUCCCCUACACUAGCCCUCCGCCACAGUGGAUGCCCGACGUUUUAAUCACACUGAGCCACAAAGCCGCAGGUGAUCCAGGCAUUGUGGGGCAAAGCGUGAAGUCCAUAAUUAGUGAUUUCAAGAAAACAAGACAAGACACCUGGCAUAUCGAUGUCAAGGCUUUCAAACCGGACCAAGUUGAAGACCUCGCAGGGGUCCUAUGGAAGAGCUAUUUCGCGUAG